AUGCCGCUCCCAAUACGCGACAUCCAUACCGUAGAGGAGGGCAACUACCCUUACAUUAUCGAACGAAAUGUCUCUGUGCCAUUGAAAAAUGGAGGUGUAGUUCGAUGCAAUGUCUUCCUACCAGCAGGCAUACGCACUGGUCAUAAAUAUCCAGUAAUCGUAACUUAUGGGCCAUAUGGCAAAGACGUUCCAUACCAUCAGUUUCAUCCUGCAAGCUAUGCUCAAGUACCGGAAGAACAGAAAUCGGAUCACUCAGCUUUUGAACUUGUUACGCCAUCGUACUGGACAGCUCACGACUAUGUCGUCGUCCGGGCUGAUGAAAUCGGGUCAGGCCAGAGUCCGGGAGUGCUUCAGGUUUUUUCUUCAAGUAUUCUACAUGCAUUUCCCAGCGUUAUAGAGUGGGCGGGCGAGCAGUCCUGGUCUACUGGCAAAGUGGGUCUUCUCGGAAUUAGCUAUUACGCGGCGACUCAAUGGCAUGCUGCAGCUCAAAACCCGAAGGGACUGGCUGCGAUCAUACCAUGGGAAGGCUUUUCAGACCUUUAUCGCGACUUCGUCCGUCACGGCGGUAUACUGAAUAACUAUUUCUUCGACGUCUGGUGGGCUCGCCAGGUCAAGGCAAGCCAGUAUGGCCGAGGAGGAAAAGCAAGUCGCGAAUGGGGCCCGGAUACCAUUGAAGGGGCCCUGUCCGAAGAAGAGCUGUCAUUCAACCUAGUCAAUACACCUCAGGAAGUCACCAAGGUGCGCUACGCUGACGACCCAAUGUUCGCUAGCAUGAACAUAAAUUAUGAUGAUAUCACUGUACCAUUGCUUAGUGUCGCAAACCUUGGUGGCACAGGACUUCACCUUCGUGGAAAUGUCUUCGCAUUUACGCAUGCGGCUUCAGAAUUGAAGUAUCUACGUUUCAUCAACGGCCGGCACGAUCUUCCAUUUUUCCUUCCAGAAGAAGUCGAGAUUCAGCGCAGCUUUCUCGAUGCAUUUUUGCACGACAAGGAUCCGGAUGGCUGGUCUCAGAGAGGCAAGCUACCUCCUGUAAGCCUGCUUUUGCGGAAAGGUAAUCCCGGUUGCAACGAUAUCACCGCAGAAGCAGCAAGUUUCUCUCGCCGAGCAGAGCUUGAGUGGCCAAUAGCGAGGACUGAGUACAAAAAACUUUACCUCACGACGGAUCAUAAAUUGUCAUUUGAGCAGCCGUCAACGAAGACAAGCAAAAUCAGCUACGACGCACUGAAUUGGACCGAAUUGGGACAUUCUAUUUCUUUCAGUACUACACCGCUUCCCAGCGAACUCGAGCUUACCGGUCAUAUUGUGCUUCAUCUUAGGGUGUCCGUCGCCGGUGUGGUUCAAAACCCUUGUCCAUCCGAUAUUGAUAUCUUUGUGGCGCUCCGACAUUUUACAAAAGACAGUGAGCAGGUGCUAUACACUGGCACCACCGGACAGCCCAUUCCCGUGACAAAUGGCCAUUUGAGAGUGAGCCAUCGCAAGGUCGAUUCAAAUCAUCUGCACCACCGAACAUGGAUGCCAUAUCGCAGUUACCUAUCUUCUGAUGUACAGCCUGUGCUUCCGAAUGAGAUAUACGAAGUGGACAUUGAGAUCAUUCCUACGAAUGUUGUGGUCGGCAAAGGUGGCCGUCUUGUCUUAGAGAUUGGAUCGAGCGACCUGGAGCAUACGGAUGUGUUCAAGCACAACGAUCCCGUGGAUAGGUAA